AUGAGUUUAAUGAAACUCCCAGUUCGUUACCUCAUUGUUAUUCUAACUUUCAUCUGCACCUCCGUUUGCUACAUCGAACGCGUUGGCUUCUCAAUCGCUUACACUGUCGCUGCUGACGCCGUUGGAGUUAACCAAUCAACCAAAGGUUCAAUACUCUCAACUUUCUAUUACGGUUACGCGUGUUCUCAAGUUCCAGGUGGUUUCGCAGCUCAGAAAAUCGGUGGAAGAAGGGUUCUACUCCUUUCGUUUCUGUUAUGGUCGUUAACUUGUGCAUUGGUUCCUCUCGAUCCGAAUCGAGUUACCAUUUUAGUCAUUGCUCGUUUACUCGUUGGUGUAGCUCAGGGUUUCAUUUUCCCUUCGAUACACACCGUUUUGGCUCAGUGGGUCCCACCUCACGAGAGAUCUAGAUCUGUUUCGUUAACAACUUCUGGUAUGUAUCUUGGUGCUGCUAUGGGAAUGCUUCUUCUUCCGAGUUUGGUUAAGUUUCGAGGUCCUCAAUCUGUUUUCGUUGCUGAGGCUGCAUUGGGUGCUAUGUGGUCUUUGCUUUGGUUCAAAUAUGCUUCUGAUCCCAAAGGGGAAUCUUUGUUGCCUGUUAAUAAAAAAGUUGAUAAUAAAGAAGAAGCUUUAGUCAAAACUUCGAAAAUCCCUUGGAUGGAAAUUAUGACUAGUUUACCUGUUUGGGCUAUUGUUGUUAACAAUUUCACUUUUCAUUAUGCUUUGUAUGUGUUGAUGAAUUGGCUUCCCACUUACUUUGAAUUGGGUCUUCAGUUGAGUCUUCAGGAUAUGGGUUCUUCUAAAAUGUUGCCGUAUCUUAACAUGUUUGUGUUCUCGAACAUUGGUGGUGUCGUUGCUGAUUACUUGAUCACUCGGAGGAUGUUGUCUGUUACUAGGACGAGGAAGUUCUUGAACACUGUAGGUUUUUUAGUUGCUUCUCUUGCGUUGGUUGUGAUUCCUAGUUUCAGAACUUCUGGUGGUGCUGUGUUCUGUUCCUCUGUGGCUCUUGGUUUCUUGGCGCUUGGGAGAGCUGGGUUCGCGGUGAACCACAUGGAUGUUGCUCCUAGGUAUGCUGGGAUAGUGAUGGGUGUUUCGAAUACCGCGGGUACUUUGGCUGGCAUUGUUGGAGUUGACCUCACUGGGAAACUUCUUGAAGCUGCUAAGGCUGCUAAUUCUGACCUUUCAAGUCCAGAGAGCUGGAGAAUGGUGUUUUUCAUUCCGGGGCUCUUAUGUGUUUUUAGUUCUUUUGUAUUCUUAGUAUUUUCAACCGGGGAAAGAAUUUUUGAAUGAGGUAGGCUUGUUAUUCUCAUGGUAUAUCGGGGAUUUAAUUUUUAUUAUAUCUCCAUGUUAUACCAUCAUUCUUGGAUAGGAGAGGUCGUGUACCAAGCUCCAAGUAAUUAUUAUUUCUCCAACUUGUACCAUUCCUAGUUAGUAAAGGUUACAUCCCAGAUUGUAUCAGGGAUGAUUCUUACGUGUUUCUUUAUGCCUUGGAUGAAACUCAUAUUCUAGUAUGAUUAAAAAAUUGUGUAUUUUUCACAUUUUGACACAUCUAGUUCGUUAUUGGUGGACUAAAUGGGAGAGGUGGUGUUAUAAGCAUUUACCCUCCCUUCCCCUCAUUUGCUUGGAAGGCUUUUAUAACCCCCAUUUUUGUUUGAUGGCAUUUCCUCCCUUCCCCUAGCUGGAUUCUCUCGGUUAAUUAUCAGAUUAAGAUUGCUGGCAGUUAUUAGUAAAACAUGCGUUUGACAAUUUAGGCUUUGGCUCUAGAAAAAAAAUUGGUUGCACAAUAGUCAAUAAAGCAUGGAGGCUUGCCUCUACAGAGUUGGAGGCAUGUGUUCAGGAAAAGGGAAAAAGUGAUGGGCAGUUCAAGAGUUGUCAACCAAGGUGAAGAUGGGAACGGAAAAUGUUUGCUGAAGGUUGUUAUAAAGCAUGCAGGCUCUACGAAGGGAGCAAUCAAAGCAAGACUGGGAUGUGUUAGCAUGUUGCAGAAGGAAGUGCUAGCUGAUAUGUAUGUGCAAUGUGAUAAUACUGCAGCUGUUGGUAAUGAUCACGGGCUAUUGAUUAGGCAUAGAAUAAUGGCAUUCCUUCCACUCGAAGGAGUCCUGUGACUGUGAUGUUCCUCAAAAUGAGGUAUGGCUUAUAGUAGUUGUAUGCAAUGUUGAUUGGUAAGUUGGUUGGUACAUGAUACAUAAAACCCUUGUGGAGCAGCAUCUAAAAUGUACAAUUUCUGUUUGAAUUUUCCUAAAUUGAUUCUCCCAUGGAGUUAUUUGUGGAACACACUGGACUGCACAAAAUGAUCACCUAAGAAAGCAACUUUAUAGUUAAAACUUGACCCAACCCGGAAGUGGCCAUAGUCUUGCUUGCAUAUGUGAUUAUAGUUCUUCUGCUGAUUCAUUUGACUUAUUUGAUAUACUGUGAUUUCUAUGCUUGACUUCCGGUGUAUGUAGCAAUGGUAUUGUUUGUCUUCCCCUGCCCCUUUGUCCUAACUCUUUUAAUAUUUUUCUUUUCCUUAAAAGAAUUAUUUUUGCUGCUGUUGCUAGUGAUAAUGACUGCAGUGAGCCCAUGGAAGAUGAGGAAAAAUAGAAUAAUGAUAUUCUUUUAUCCCUGAAAUUUGAUGAAGACGAUGAUGACUUCAAUGCAUCGGUCCUCAUUUUAUUUGUGCUAUGUUUUAUUCUUAUGACUUUAAACAUUUUUUUUAUGAAUUAAACAUAACUAUAUCUAUUGUUAACUUUA